UUUCGCUAUAAUUAUGGAAUAAUUUCUGGUUUGAAGUUUAGUCACAUUUAAAGCAUCUUGUUCUCAAAAUCGAACUCAAAUCACGUUGAGAGUCACAAAUUACACGAGAAACAUAAAAAUAUGUUUAUAAGUAGGAGGCAUCCCCUACUUUGUAAACCAGUUUUGUAUGGUUGAUUUAGAUUGAACACAAAUUUUAAGAUAAUUUCAGAAUAUAUUCGACAUCAGUUGGGCCAUCAACUUUGGAUCACUCGGGUCAAGUUUCAAAUGUCCAAUCCUAAGAGCCAAGGGAAUGUUGAGAGUCCACAUAAUAUGAAAAGUGACUUGAAAAUAUGUUCAUAUAAGUGUACAACACAAAUUUGAAAUUAGUCCCAAAACAAAUUCUAACAUACAUUUCAGUGUGUCUUUGUGCCUACAAAUCUGCAUUAUAAAUAUCUUGAUGCUGCAUGCAUGCUAUCUGGGCUCACACUGCAAACAAUGGAAGUUACAUCCAAAUACAGAAGAUACAAAAAGGGUGAUUUAUCUCCUACAAACACUACUGUGCAUGUUUGCAAUGCUUGCAGAAACAUUUGCAGUUCUCAUCACCAAAGUGGAGAAACAAAAGCACCCUGCAGAGGUUGUUGUUGCUUUCUAUGUAAUAUUUGUAAUUCAGCUUUGGAACAUGGGAAAUCAAGGGAAAACUGCCUGGUUGGUUCGGUGAAAAAAAUCGGAAGCAAAUUGUUCAAACUUGACAAUUCAAAUAAAAAUGGAAAUUUUCUUGGUUGGUCAUCAUCACCAUCUCCUUCAAUUGCAUUUCCCUCAUCUUUUCCAAGAAGAUAUAACAAGCGUGCCGUUCUCUGUGGAGUUUCUUAUUCAACAAGAAAAUUCAGGCUUAAGGGAACCAUUAAUGAUACCAAUAACAUGAGAGAGCUUCUGAUUAAGAAUUUUAAGUUUCCAAAUCAAUGCAUAAGAGUCCUUACAGAACAAGAGCAGAAUGUCGAUUUAAUACCAACGAAACACAACAUAUUGGAGUCCUUAAGGUGGCUUGUGAAAGACUGUGAGGCAGGAGACUCUUUAGUAUUUUACUUUUCAGGACAUGGCUUGCAACAACCAGAUUUCAAAGAAGAUGAAAUUGAUGGGUUUGAUGAGACUCUUUGUCCUGUUGAUUUCAUUAAAGAAGGAAUGAUUUCCGACAAUGAAAUAAAUUCUACCAUUGUUUGGCCACUCAAAAAAGGUGUCACACUUCAUGCUAUUGUUGAUGCUUGUCAUAGUGGAACAAUUCUUGAUCUUUUACAUGUCUACAACUAUCAAAGUGGCAUUUGGGAGGAUAACAAGCCCCCUUCUAGAGACCCUAUAAGAAAACAUACAAGUGGUGGAUUGGCUAUUUGUCUCAGUGCUUGUGAGGAUAACCAAAUGGCUGCUGAUAGUGCAGUUUUUGGUGGAAAGGGAAUGAAUGGUGUUCUGACUUAUCUAUUCACAAAAACAAUUAGAGAAUACCCUCGUGGAAUUACUUAUAGAGGUCUACUGGCAAAAAUGCAUGAAGAAAUUAAAAAAAUUAACAGAAACAGAUCAUUCAGUUACCGCAUCUUGCACCGUAAAAUUAUCGCACAGGAUCCUCUUUUAUCAUCAUCUGAGAGAUUUGAUGUUUCUACAACAAUAUUCACAUUGUGACCAUGAGGAUACAAGUUAAUUGCAAUUUGCAAGCCCUUGAUUUGGAACUGGACAGACUGAACUUGUAGUAUUUUUUUUUUUAAAAAAAAAACCUGAAUCAAUGUUCGUAUUCAAUUUCAACCGUAGGUAGCAUCAAUAACUUUGAUGUUGUAUAGUGUCAUGUUGUGUUUACUUUUUGUGAUUGCA